AUGACGCUGCGGGGCGACGGGCGGCGGCCCGACGAGAAGCUGCAGGGCGACGGGCGGCAGCCCGUCGAGGAGAAGAAGACUGGGUGCAUUUUUGAGGACUGGGUGCCUUUUGAGGACUGGGUGCCUUUUGAGUACUGGGUGCCUUUUGAGGACUGGGAUCAGUGGGAUCCAGCAACAGCAGCAGCAGCAGCAGCAGCAGCAGCAGCAGCAGCAGCAGCAGCAGCAGCAGCAGCAGCAGCAGCAGCAGCAGCAGCAGCAGCAGCAGCAGCAGCAGCAGCAGCAGCAGCAGCAGCAGCAGCAGCAGCAGCAGCAGCAGCAGCAGCAGCAGCAGCAGCAGCAGCAGCAGCAGCAGCAGCAGCAGCAGCAGCAGCAGCAGCAGCAGCAGCAGCAGCAGCAGCAGCAGCAGCAGCAGCAGCAGCAGCAGCAGCAGCAGCAGCAGCAGCAGCAGCAGCAGCAGCAGCAGCAGCAGCAGCAGCAGCAGCAGCAGCAGCAGCAGCAGCAGCAGCAGCAGCAGCAGCAGCAGCAGCAGCAGCAGCAGCAGCAGCAGCAGCAGCAGCAGCAGCAGCAGCAGCAGCAGCAGCAGCAGCAGCAGCAGCAGCAGCAGCAGCAGCAGGGGCAGCAGCAGGGGCAGCAGCAUCGGGAGGAGAAGCAGCCGCAGCAGCAGCAGGGGCAGCAGCAGGGGCAGCAGCAUCGGGAGGAGAAGCAGCCGCAGCAGCAGCAGGGGCAGCAGCACACCCGCUCCCUUGA